AUGGCUUCUUCUGUUUCGCGUGGCGUCGACCGUGUCCUCGCUAAAUGCGAGGCUUGUAUUAAAGCAGGAAACUUUUACGAAGCUCAUCAGAUGUUUAGAACUGUUUAUUUCAGAUAUAGUGGUCAGCAGAAAUAUGACGAGGCUGCUGAUUUGUUGUACAGAGGUGCCUUAAUUUUACUGCAACACAAACAAUACUCCAGCGGAGCAGACUUGAGCCUCCUCCUGUUAGAUGUCCUGAGCAAGUCACAGACUCCAGUAACCAGCGAUACUUUGAACCAGAUUACUCAUCUGUUUGAGAAAAUGGACCCAGAAUGCCCUGAGAGAUACCCAUAUUUAACAAAAGCCAUAAACUGGUCCAAAAAGAUCAAUAAAGAACACAAAAGAGGACAUCCAGAUUUGCAUCAGCGGUUUGGGGUUAUAUUCUGGCAUGAGAGGAAUUACCCACAAGCCCGCUAUCAUUACAUACAUUCUACUGAUGGUGAGGGAUGUGCUCGGAUGCUGCUAGAGUUCCACACUACCCAGGGUUACCCUUCAGAGGUGGACUUGUUCAUCACUCAGGCAGUUUUACAAUAUCUUUGCCUUCAGAAUAAAGCUACAGCCAGUGUUUGUUUUGAAGUUUACACACAGAGGCAUCCUGGUAUCGAUACGGGACCUCCAUUCAGUUUACCACUACUUAACUUCAUAUGGCUGUUGUUGAUUGCUUUAGAAGGGGGAAAGUUGCCUGUGUUUACCGUACUAUGUGAAAAAUACCAAGUGUCCAUCAACAGGGAUCCAAACUAUAAGGAGUAUUUGGAUCAAAUAGGUCAGAUGUUUUUCGGUGUGCCUCCGCCACAGAAAACACCCCAGGGAAUAUUUGGUAGCCUUCUGCAAAAUGUAUUGGGGUCUGCAUUCAGCGAAGACGACGAAGAUGGACAUUUUCCAGAGAGCAGUGGCAGCCAGACUGGCGCCAGCUCCAACAGCCCGAGCAUCAACAACAGGGUCCUGGCAGGGGCGUCAAGUCCUUUCCUCCCUGGCAGCAGCAGUAGUUUAUCCACCCCCACAUCUUCAAAACCCAGCAAAACAGAAAAGGCCCUAGACUUGGACUGA